AUGGCUUCAGUCAAUAAGAGCAUGUCUGCGCUUGCCACUUUGGUUUUCAGAAUGCAAAAUGACCCUCUAGGGCCUAAAAUGAUCAAGACUCUCGAGCCAAUUUUUAUUAAGCACAGAAGGAAAAUGUCUCAUAUUGAUCUUAGCUAUAUUGUAAAGCCUUAUGCAAAUAAUCCUUGAGUUUCAGAUGAAAUGAAGCAAGCAAUAAUCCAAAGUACUAUAGAAUUAAAAGAAAAACUUGAGCCUUUUAAUAUCAUCAAUAUUUUCCCAUGGGUGUCAAAAUUUGAAAAUACACAGAAUUUAUUUGUUGUUUUUCAGGAAAAAAUGCUUUCGAUUGAUUGAACUCCAAAAGAAAUUGCUAUUCUGCUAAGUGCUUAUUCUAAAGUUAAUGGAAGCACAUUUCUGUGAAAAAAUAUGGAAAGAAAUAUUCUAAGCUUAAAGAAUCAAUUAACCUCAUAUGAAAUAAGUGAUUUCCUCUUUAGCUAUACUAAGAAAAAAAUAAAAACUCGGCUAUUUGAUGAAUUAAGAGAUAUUGUGAUGAAAAUCCCAUUUAAAUCUAAUGAUGCAGUCUACACAAUGCACUCAUAUAUAAAAAACGAACACUAUGAUGUUUUAAUAAUUGAUAAACUAUCAAGAGAAAUUAAUCUCAACGAAAUUUCUCUCAAAGAAGUAUGCAUACUUUAUGCUUCUGUUCUGAACUGCCUAAGAUAUUUUAAUGAAUUGCCAAAAGCUGCCAAAAACACAAAUAUAGAGGAGUUCACCAAAAAUAUCAGUAAUUUUACAGUCGAAAUUGAGACAUUGAUUCGUAAAAAUUUGAAGAUCUUUCAUAUAAUUGAUCUAUUAUCAAUCCUUGAAGUGGUCGACAAAUAUAGCAGGCCAAUUUCAAUUAAAUCUAUAGCACAAUCAAUCUCAUCAGCAGAUCAGCUAAAAGGGGAUCUUUCAAUUAAAGGAUUUGAAACUGUAGCCAAUAUCCUUGCCAAAAACAAUCUCCCUAUCCCAACACCAUUAAUAGACAUAAUUUUUACUUUAAUUUAG